AUGAUGGUGAUAAAUAAUUUGUUAAAGAAAUUUUAACAAAAAGUUGAGUAAUUUUUCUUGAUAAUAAAUAUCAAGAUAACUUUGCUCUAAAUAAAAAAUUUGAGUUGUUGCUAUCGUCUGAUGGUAUCAAUUAACCUCAUUGUUUUCUUAUUCAUACAAAUAAUAUUGCCUUAAAAAAUAUUCAAUAUUGUGAGACUUUAACAUUGA